CUCAUUAAUUAAUACAAAUUCAUUUCAGAUUGCCUGAAUGGCGGUACUACCCACUGUCCAGGUGGUUCCUGGCCAGACUACACGAACACGUAUGCCCCGUACAGCCCGCAGACUGCGAACUACUACGACCCUCAUCAGGAUUCGAGUCACAGCACGCCAAUACCGACAGUACUACCUGGCGGUACAGCCGCUCCGACAGCUACCGAGUACAUCAGCACCUCCUUAACAUCACCGCCUCCGGCAGCACCGAGUAGCAUGUUCAACAGCCCGAAACCUGACUUGGAUUCCAUGUUGGGGUCCACCACUGCUCGGUACCCAUCCGACAAUGCUUAUUGCCCGAACAAUUGGACUCCGGCACCCCCAGCUUACAACAACAACUACUAUAACACCACCUACAACCACCAGCAGCAGUAUGGGAACUACCCUCCGCCUACGAUGGUCGUGUAUCCUUCGAUACUGUCACAGGUAAACCAAAGUCAAAUCCACUUCCACCUGCACGCAACCCCAGGCAGCGGUACUGACAAAACGACAGACCAGCAGUACCUAAAAAACGAGCCGUACUUGGACCCCACCUCAACCAUCAACCCAGUCGUCCACAGGGUGGAAGGACCCAGUGCGCCCAGUGAAGUCCACACUCACGCCGAAGUGGACCCUCUAACUAUCGAUGAUUCUGAAAGGACUGUGCAGAGUCAGAACGAUCCCUCCAGUGUCUGGAGACCCUAUUAGGACUUCUUUGUUUAUUUUUAGGUUGAUUAUUUAUUUUUGUGCGAUUUGUACAGUAUGGAGUAUGUGUAAGCGUUUGUCUUACAAGGAGUGGUGUGAGUGAUGUUAAUAUAGGAAAUGGUAUGAUAUUUCCUAUAAACUUUGGAUGUCCACGAUAUGUUCAGUGGGGUGGGCAAGAAUAAAUAUACCUAGUUCUAUGACCUAGUCUACAGAACUUAUAGCAAAUGUCUUUUCAACUGUCAAUAUUCUGGAUCCAUGAGGUAAAAAAGUAUUUCUCUAUUUAUUCUUGAUGCUGACUAAAAACUCUUACUUAUUUCAAAUAGACUAUACAUUUUAUUAUCAUUCGUGUAUACAUUUUUUAUGCUCGAACUACCACGCAGGCCUGAGGCUUAAACAUCCAUGAGGUACCGUGGGGCUAUAGAGGGAUACGGGGGAAAAGGGUGAACGCCACACGGACUCUAGCGAGGGAACACGUGGGCAUGCAACAUGCACACAUUCUAGCCCCGCCUACGAGAUCCGCCGGGUGGUACCGCGUUCGACAGUCAGAAACCGUCUACCACCUAAGAAACGCAUAUCUGGCCAUAUAUGGUUCUAAAUUAAAUUUAAAAUUCCUUGUCAAGUAUAGAAAAGUCCAACAGACUCAAUAUAGGUACCAAUCAAUUAACGAAAAAGCUAAAGUCGAAAUCACGAAAGAUGGCGAUUACGUCAUCAUUUUAGUCUGUAGUAAAGACUAACGACAGCAACUUGUAAAUAUUUUUACUGAAGUUUCAGAUAUGUUAGACAGAGGCAAACAGAAUUUUAUUCUCUAAACACACUGUAUUGCUAAUUUACAUGUAUCCGACAAAGAUAGACGAUGUUGUCAUGUUGCAUGAUCGAUCAUAUUGGAAAGAUGAAUAGUUAGGUUAUGUUAAAGCAAGUUAUAAUACUUUGGUCUUUGGUGUUCCUGUCUUAAGGUAUUCUACUCAUAACUGUUUUUUUUUGUCAAAACAAAAAUGUCCCACUAAAAUUAUUAUUAAGGUUCACUCAAACCCAUGAAAUAAAAUGAAAAUAAAAAUAAUCAGUGAAAUAACCUAACUCCGCAUAAUAUAAAUUUGUUGUCAUUAUGUUCCUGAUAUCGUGAUUUUAUAAUCGACCUACGUCUAUUGAUAACUUCAGUACAAUUUAUGGUAUGACGUAAUAGUCACCUUUCGUGGUUUUGACUAUAGCUUGAGAACAUGCUCCACUCCUUCAUUGAUAUGGUGGAUUUUCAGCUGUCUGAUUUUCAUUCUGUUUCGAGAUAAACUAACUGGUAUUACUACUAGAGGAUACCAUCUACGAGUAUAUGCAUGUGAUUUUCUAAAAUUACACACUUAAACGAAUUAUUCAUACUCUGGUCAUUUUUUCUGCUUGAUAAUCUUGUUUGCCGACAAGAUUAUAAAGCAUCUUCAAACCAUGAAACAUCUUCAAAAAUAACUUUUCAUAUUCACCAUACCUGUAUUUCCAAACCAGAGAAGUAAUUGCUACGUUCUCAUUCACAUUGUUAGGACAAACAUUUGGAAAACUUCAUCUAAAAAAUAGCUUCGUUUAAAAAAAAAGGGAGAAAUCAAAUGCAUAUUUUCCAAGUUUUGAUUCGUUUAAUAACAAUGACGCCAAACAAUUUGUCAAACGCCUGAAUUGAUAACAUUUUACGUCUAUUGGCCAAAACAAUUUUAUAUAACAUUUUUAUGGUAAAUAAAAUGAAAUUAGUGUAGUCAACAACCAGCUUUCUCAAGUGUAAAUAUAGUCUAGUAAAGUUUUAAAAAAUUCUGCAAUUUUCCGUACUUUAGCCAAGAUCUUGUUGCAAAGAUCAAUACGUGUAAGACGGUAAAUACACUAAAUACCUCUAGAAGGUCAGUUAAAAAUUACUGAAUGGGAACCAAUGUUUAGUUCAGUAGAAUAUAGUUUUCAGUUAAGCCCUUCUUACACAACGCUAUACCAAUGUUUACAAUAACCUGACGACUUUAGUAGCUAUGUAACUAACACAAGACAAAUUUAUGUAGCUUUGUCCAUAGACUGUAACCGUUAAUAACAUAUUCGUAACUAGAGAUGAGUAGCAUCGUAUAGUCGUUUACGAAGUGCCUAACUGAACAUCAUGUCUAUCAUUGAACCAAAUAAUGAUGCCCACUUUUAAGAACAGGGCCAGACUUGGUAUUUUCGGCAGAUUACAUUUAUGGCAUUGAACUAACAUAAAAAGCGCUGUAUUACUGAAAUAAAUAUUUGAAAUGCUCAGUGGUGACAAAACAGGGCGGUUGUAUGCAAUAUACAGG